AUGCGCCCCCGCGCCGCCCCCCGCGCCCCCACCAGCCGCGCCGCCGCCGCCGCCGCUCUCGAGCUCUGCAGCCUCCUGCUGCUGCUGCUGCUCCGACCCGGACACGCGUGCCCCGCGGGCUGCGCCUGCACCGACCCGCACACCGUGGACUGCCGCGAUCGCGGGCUGCCCAGCGUGCCCGACCCUUUCCCCCUGGACGUGCGCAAGCUGCUGGUGGCCGGCAACCGCAUCCAGCACAUCCCCGAGGAUUUCUUCAUUUUCUACGGCGACCUGGUGUACCUGGACUUCAGGAAUAACUCGCUGCGCUCGCUGGAGGAGGGCACGUUCAGCGGCUCCGCCAAGCUGGCUUUCCUGGACCUCAGCUACAACAACCUGACCCAGCUGGGCGCUGGCGCCUUCCGCUCGGCGGGGAGGCUGGUCAAGCUGAGCCUGGCCAACAACAAGCUGGCGGGCGUGCACGAGGACGCCUUCGAGACCCUGGAGUCGCUGCAGGUGCUGGAACUCAACGACAACAAUCUGCGCAGCCUCAACGUGGCCGCCCUGGCCGCGCUGCCCGCGCUGCGCACCCUGCGCCUGGACGGGAACCCCUGGCUCUGUGACUGCGACUUUGCCCACCUCUUCUCCUGGAUCCAGGACAACGCGUCCAAGCUGCCGAAAGGCCGCGAGGAAAUCCAGUGCUCCCUGCCCCUGGGGAACAGGAGGAUAUUCCUGCAUGAGCUGUCCGAGGCCAGCUUCAGCGAGUGCAGGUUCAGCCUGUCGCUCACGGACCUGUUCAUCAUCAUCUUCUCCGGGGUGGCCGUGUCCAUUGCUGCCAUCAUCUCCAGCUUCUUCUUGGCCACCGUGGUGCAGUGUUUCCAGAGAUGCGCGCCCAACAAGGACACGGAAGAUGAGGACGAGGAUGAGGACGACUGAGGCGCCCCCUCCCUUCCUGGCUUGCCGGAGCCCAGGCCGGGCUCCUCUCCACGCGGAGAGGGAAGAGGGGAAGGGGGAAGCUAGUAGGAGUCAACCUCCGGCAGGGCCCAGAGAAGCCCCUGCCCCUGGCCAUGCACCUGGCGUGCCCGUAGCCACGCCCCGGCCACGCCCCCGGCACGCCUAGG